AUGGCCUAUUUUAGCCUGGAACGAAUUGUGUUUCCUCUCUCUUUUUCUGGGCACCAUUUCCUUUCUCACUUAUGCUAUUAUUUGCGUAUUGCUCUUUUAUUUGGCAUACUUAGGCUUACUCUUUGGCUCGAAGAAGUCAGCCAGGGAGUAGUUUCAUCAGGCCAGCAGGUUCGCAGUCGUCCAGUUGAUUCAGCUGAUCCACCAACUUGGCAGAUCACCCUGGAUCCUUCCACCUGGAGCACUGAGUGCACUAGGUCGGUCUGUGAGCCUUGUCUUGAAGAAUCUGGCAAUCUUACCACGACUGACACUCCUCCUAUAGUUCACACGGGUCCUACGUUUAGUUCCUGUGUAGUCGCUGAGUUGCCUGACUUAGCGCCUGGUGAGCAGGCGGUUCGAUAUGCCUAUAUACGUUUUAGCGAUUCGUGGGCAUUCGAUGUUUCGUCAAUCACUGCUGGACCGUCUGGCGAAUCUGAUGUGGCAACAAACCGUUUUCAACCUAUGGUAGCUGGCCACACUCGUCGUCUUCUUGCUCAAGUUGUUUACACUAUAGAAGUAGCCGAUUGCGACUACAAAAAACUGUCGUUAUCUUCUCUCGAGCACGAAGUACGUUGUUCUUCAGCGUCUGCUGGACCGAUCAGCAGCGCGGCAACAAGUGCAGCCUUAUUAUCAAUAGACCCAGAAGAUUUGGCUCGUAUUCGCAUAUUAGAUAUGGAGUUGGCCAGUGGACUUACCGAGACUGACCACCGAUUCACUUGUCAAUGCACCAAGAUGAUGGAAACUCAGCUCACGGGACAGAUGCCUUUUGAAUUCGUCUGGAAGAUUUUAUCUAUGCGCUUGAAAACCGAUCCUUCAUAA